ACGCGACACCAUAAAACGAAAACUAUGUGCGCUACUCAUACUAUACUGAUUCUACUACUGAUGUGUGCUGAUAGAUAGAAUUGAAAGUAGUCAGAUCGAAUCUACACAUUCUGAAGUGAAAAAAUCUAGCAAUAGCUACAGUUCAAUGCGAAUCAUGUAAUUUUAGUGUUGUUUGACCAUUUGUUGUGUUUUGUGUUGUAUAUGAAUAUAGUUCACUGUUUUCGCUUGCUAAAUUGAAUAUGGAUUCUUUCGGCUGCUACAAGAGGCUAUAUAUUUCAGAACAUUUCGAAAAAGAUCAGUGCGUGAUUAUAACUAGUCAAAAUUAGCUUCCCUGCACAUUGGGGGGUCGGGCGACUGCCUGUACCCCCUACAACAGAAAUCUUAGCAACUAUUAGUAUGUUUGAACAAAUAAAAACUGAACCAAUGGGAUUCUACACCGCAUAUCCACCGCCCCAAGUCACCCCGGCACCAAACCCUACGCCCACUCACAACGUUGACCAGAACCAACAGCAGCAGCAGCAGCAAACCACAGUUAUUACCGUGAACGAGAGCAAACCAGUAGACAUCAGUAUCAGUAGCAAUGCACUUGUAGCUGAUGCUGGCCCAAGUCGACCAGUUGAAACUGUCAGCACUACACCUAGCCGUAACAAGAGGCAAACAUGCAAAAUAUGUGGAAAAACGUUAUCAUCACCUAGCAGCUAUUAUGUGCAUAUGAAACUGCAUUCAGGAACAAAACCAUUUGCUUGCACAGUAUGUGAAGCAGCUUUUUGUAGGAAACCAUAUCUAGAGGUUCACAUGCGAACACAUACAGGCGAACGUCCUUUCUCGUGCGAUGUUUGUUUAAAACGCUUCAGUCAAAAGUCAUCCUUGAAUACUCACAAGAAAAUUCAUUUAAGAUAUUGGAGCAUUCAUAAACCGUUCCAGUGCAUUCAGUGUCCUGCAUCCUUUGGCAGAAAGCCGUACCUUGAUAUUCAUAUGCGCACCCAUACAGGUGAACGUCCGUUUGCCUGUGACCGUUGCGAUAAAAGGUUUUCGCAGAAAUCAACACUGAAUAUUCACAAACGUGUUCACGAUCCAAAUCAUCGUCCGUUUACAUGUGAGCAUUGUCCUGCCACAUUCUGCCGGAAGCCAUACCUGGAUAUACACAUUAGAUCGCAUACUGGUGAACGACCCUUCGAGUGCGCAACCUGUUUGAAGCGAUUUUCUCAACGGUCAACUCUGAACAUCCAUAAACGAAUCCACACAGGUGAACGCCCUUAUGCAUGUGAUAUAUGCAAUAAAACUUUUGCUGUUAAGAGCUAUGUGACGGCUCAUCGUUGGUCCCACGUGUCAGAGAAGCCACUCAACUGUGAUCGAUGUUCUAUGACAUUUACCAGCAAAUCACAAUUUGCGAUUCACAUCCGGACGCACACUGCUGGCCCGAGCUUUGAAUGUCGCCUUUGCGGAAGAUCAUUCAUUCGCGAUAGUUAUCUUAUCAGGCACAAUAAUCGAGUGCACAGGGACAAUCGCAUCAAUACAAGUCACGUAACAGCAACGAUCAACAGCGUUGCCAUUGGUGAUUUCGGGGAUCCGGAUAAUAGUUCGAUGGUUGAGCCGGAAGUGAACAGCGUUUCGCAACAGCAACAACUUCGAGAACCAUUCAACCGUUCGACUGAACAGCCAUGUAAUUUUAGGUACGUUCCAGAGCUUCAAAUAACGGAACCGCAAAUGGCAUCACCUGAUAAUAAUACAAGCCACAACAUGUCACCAUUGACCAGUUCUAGUCAGGAACAUCAAACCAUGCUGAUUAAUUCGGGUAAUGCAAGUAUACACGAUCUCAACAAUCGAAACCGAAUCGAUAUUGAAAGGUUGCAUCAUGAUCACUCGGAGCAGGAAUCACGUAAUCUGACCGAAAGGUUUAUUCAAAGUGCCGAAAGGUUGACUCACAAUCCAACAGUCAUGCAUCAGCAACCUCAAGAGCUUCAGCAUCAUCAGUUGAUGUCGCCGAUUCAUCACAUAGUGUCGGAAAAGAACAGUAUUCCUCAUCUAUUGGAACCAAAGCAUGAAUAAUAUGAAUAUUGUCUACCAAGGUUAUCAAAUCGUGGUGAUAACUCUACGUACCAAAAUUAAACUUAUAACUCUGUACAAUUAUUCGAGUAUACCAGAAAUAGAAUUAGUUGCAAAACAUACUACAAAAAAAAAACAUUAAUCAAUAUCAAGACUAGGAAAAUACUGAAAACCAAUAGCGAACCACGCAGAACCCAGAAUAGUGUCGAGUAGUAUUCCGACUUCGCGCAUUAUAACAGGUAUUAAUUUUAUAUAAGAAAGGUACGCAGGCAGCGCCAUCGGCAAAAGUUAUCCAUUUUUAUAUUUAUUUUUUUAUUUUUGUAUACGCAGAUUAAGUAGUUGCGAAAUUGAUAUAUCGUCUCUUGUGUGCUAUCUUGUGACACGUCUGCUGUAAAAAGAUAGGACGUAUCACAAGAUAGCACACAAACGACGAUGUGUAUAAUAAAAGGAACAAUUUGUUAAAAACUAGUUUAUAGAAGAUAGACACCAGAAAGCUUCCUAGAGUAGUCGUUUCCAAAAUGAUGUGAUCUGUAGCUGCCUUCAGCGUUUUUAAAAAAAAUGUAAAUUAUCAUACCAUUACCAAAGUAAUGGACACACAGUGUAUCAAUGCCUGUUUGUAACGUUAGUAGUUAUUAUGAAAUAUAUUUAUUUUAAUCAA